CGGCUCCAGACAGGCCCGGAGCUGAGACUCGGGAAGCCGUUGGGGCUGGCGCUGUUUAUAAACACAGAUCUGAGUGGCAGGCCGGUCAGGGUGAAGCCACGGCAGGAAGUGAUCUGCGGAGCGCUCGGGGCUUCUUCCUGAAUGUUGGUGUCCCCCUCGCGCCGCCACCCCCCCAGUGUCAAGGGCAGGCUCCUCGCUGGUGGCAGCUGCCGAGAAAUCCGAGUCGUGAACAUAUGGCAGCUUGAGGGGUGUGCCCCGGGAUGCUCAGGCGGCUCUCCAGGUGUCCAGCCUGGGGGAAGGGGCCAGGCCUCGGCGGGUCAGGGGCUCCAAGGGGCGGGCUCAUGUCAGAAGAUUGGGGUCAGACUCAGAAGGGCCGGGCCCACCUGCUUUCGGCUCCCUGGCGGGCGGUCCGCUCACAGGACAGUGCCUCUGCCCUCCGAGGCCUUGGGCCUCUUCCAGAAGAAACAUCUCGUCUGCACGCCUUUUUUCUCCGCUCCAGAACAUGGUGAUGAGUUUCCGAGUCUCCGACCUGCAGAUGCUCCUGGGUUUUGUCGGCCGAAGUAAGAGUGGACUUAAACACGAACUUGUCACCCGGGCCCUCCAGCUGGUCCAGUUUGACUGCAGCCCCGAGCUCUUCAAGAAGAUCAAGGAGCUCUACGAGACACGCUACGCCAAGAAGAGCGCAGAGCCCGUGCCCCAGCCCCACCGGCCCCUGGACCCCCUGGCCAUGCACCCGACCUACGAGCGGGCGGGCACGGUGCCCAGGACUCCCCUCACGGGCCCCAACAUUGACUACCCCGUGCUCUACGGGAAGUACUUGAACGGACUCGGACGCUUGCCCGCCAAGACCCUCAAGCCAGAAGUGCGCCUGGUGAAGCUGCCCUUCUUUAACAUGCUGGAUGAGUUGCUGAAGCCCACCGAGCUGGUUCCGCAGAAUAACGAGAAGCUCCAAGAGAGCCCGUGCAUCUUCGCGCUGACGCCCAGACAGGUGGAGCUGAUCCGGAACUCCAGGGAGCUGCAGCCCGGGAUCAAGGCCGUGCAGGUCGUCCUCAGAAUCUGCUACUCGGACACCAGCGGCCCCCAGGAGGACCAGUACCCGCCCAACAUCGCCGUGAAGGUCAACCACAGCUACUGCUCCGUCCCGGGCUACUACCCCUCCAACAAGCCCGGCGUGGAGCCCAAGCGGCCGUGCCGCCCCAUCAACCUCACGCACCUCAUGUACCUGUCCUCGGCCACCAACCGCAUCACCGUCACCUGGGGCAACUACGGCAAGAGCUACUCGGUGGCCUUGUACCUGGUGCGGCAGCUGACCUCCUCGGAGCUGCUGCAGAGGUUGAAGACCAUCGGGGUCAAGCACCCGGAGCUGUGCAAGGCGCUGGUCAAAGAGAAACUGCGCCUGGACCCCGACAGCGAGAUCGCCACCACCGGCGUGCGGGUCUCCCUCAUCUGCCCACUGGUGAAGAUGCGGCUCUCGGUGCCCUGCCGGGCGGAGACCUGCGCCCACCUGCAGUGCUUCGACGCCGUCUUCUACCUCCAGAUGAACGAGAAGAAGCCCACCUGGAUGUGCCCAGUGUGCGACAAGCCCGCCCCCUACGACCAGCUCAUCAUCGAUGGGCUCCUCUCCAAGAUCCUGAGUGAGUGCAAGGACGCCGACGAGAUCGAGUUCCUGGUGGAUGGCUCGUGGUGCCCGAUCCGCGCCGAGAGGGAGCACAGCUGCAGCCCCCAGUGUCCCGUCCUCGUGCUCGGCGCCUCAGAUGCCAACGGGCUCCUGUCCCCCCCCAGUGUCAACGGCAGCAGUGUGCUGGGGGGUGUCAGCAGUGGGCCCGGUGUGGUGGGCGGCAUCGAGAAUGGGAAGCCGGGAGCUGACGUGGUGGACCUCACCCUGGACAGCUCGUCAUCCUCAGAGGAAGAGGAGGAGGAGGAAGAGGACGAGGAGGAUGAGGAUGAGGAGGGCCCCCGGCCCAAGCGCCGCUGCCCCUUCCAGAAGGGCCUGGUAUCGGCCUGCUGACCGCACGCCACCAGUCGGACACUCGACUUUCCUGGUGCUCACCAUGCAGAGGGGUGCAGGCGGGCCUCGGGGUACAGUGGGAGGAGUGAUAUAUAUAUUUUUUUCUUUUUAUUGUUCAUUUUGUUUUUCCACCCAAACUUUCCCUGGCUCCUGGCACCUGUACCUCUGGACUCUCCUAUCGGAGGAUUAAAAAAACGUAAAAUGACAAAAAAAAAAGUACAAAAAAAAAAUGCAACAAACAAAAAAAAAGUCAAACUCUUACAAACAAAGCAAGCCACCCACACAGCUGCUUCCCCAGCCAGAGUUGGAGCCCCGAGGACGGAGCUGACCCUGGGAAGGGGCGGGCGGGACCCAGGAAGCCGCGCCCUCUGACGCCCUGCCCUGCCUUCCGAUGAUCAUUCCAGCUGGUGCAGAGGGACCCGGGCCGGGCGGUGGGGGCCGUUGGGAAGCCAGCUGGCUGUGUGCCCCUCUCCCCGGCGGCAACCUCGACUUUGACAUUCGGCUGUUCCUUUCCUCUUUUUCUCUCUGCGAACGUGUCCUCUCGCAAGCCCAGGGACCCUGGAGCGUGCCGCCAAGCAGCAAGCGUUUUAGCCAAGAAGCCAUGGAGUGGGUUGGGGCGGGGA